UCCCCCGGUGACGUCACAGCAGCAGCUGAUGCACUGCCUCUUUAGCUGCUUCCCGUGAACCCGCCGCUCCUGCUUCUUCUCCGGCUGACACGCUUCUUCACAACCGGGAUCCACUUCCACGCUCCACACAGACGCCAUGUUCCACCGGGAGAGGAGCCCGCUGCUGUGGCUGCUCCUGCAGGCCGCGGUCGCCGCGACGUGGUGCUUCACCGACAUGGAAGCGGGGCCUGGCGGCGCAGGUGUUGCGACGCAGCCCAACGGGGAGUACGGCUUCAAGAUCGAGGGCAGGGCCGUGGUGCCCGGCGUGAAGACGCAGGACUGGGUGUCCACGGCCCGGGUCCUGGUGGAGGGAGAGGAGUUCGUCGGGUUCUUGAGAACCGAUGGAAGUUUUGCAGUGAAUGACGUCCCUCCAGGAUCUUACGUGGUGGAAAUUGUUACCCCGAAUUUUAGAUUUGAACCAGUGCGUGUGGAUAUCACGUCCAAAGGCAAAAUGAGGGCACGUCUUGUGAACUACAUCAAGACAUCAGAAGUAAUUCGGCAGCCGUAUCCUCUUCAGAUCAGGGCCAGCGGCCCUCACAGCUACUUCAUGAAGAGGGAGACCUGGGGCUGGACAGACUUCCUCAUGAACCCCAUGGUCAUGAUGAUGGUUCUGCCCCUGCUGAUCAUUGUCUUGCUGCCUAAAGUGGUCAACACCAACGACCCAGAGAUGAGAAAGGAAAUGGAGCAGUCCAUGAACAUGCUGAACCCCAACCCUGAGCUUCCAGACGUCUCGGAGCUCAUGACCAAGCUGUUCUCCGGCUCCAAGGGCUCCAGCAAGGCAAGCAGCAGCAGCAGCAGCAAGGGCACGAGGCCGGCUGUCAAGAGGAGGUAGUGCUGAGCCGUGCACGUCUCCUCAGAUCAGCCCACAGAAGCACGAGUUCUGCCAUGGAAGCGAGAUUUUUAAGUGUCUAUUGUACAGUUUUCUUUAUUAUUAGAUGUUGAUUUCUUUUAUUUUAUUGGAGACUGAGCACAAAAAAAAAAUGUUUUUUUUUUCCGAAUGGCACUGAGAAGUUUCUUAAAGUCUGUGAAAGCUGUAAUUCUUCAUUUGCUCUUUACUUUCAAGUGGCUCUAUCACUCUUCCAUCUUUUCUGUGCUAACCCUCCGUUGUGCAUUUUUCCACAGCUGCUAAUUCCACUAACUGAAAGAGAACAUAUAUAUACAUACUCAGAGAUUUUCAUUUUUUGUUUUUUCUUCAGUAAUUACGACUGUGAAUGAAGAUGAAUUGAAUUUGAGGACCGAGAUAUUCUUAUUUAAAAACCCUAGAUAAUUAAAUUGCAAUGGUUAUAUAACAGCUUUGUUUUUAUUUCUGACCGUCUUGUUUUGUUUGAAAGUCCCCACACGGCCUUCUCAUUUUUUCGGACUUACAGGUGUAGAACUAACUUUACUGGCAGGUGAAGGAGUGAUAAGAGCCGUGUGUUUGCUUUCAAGAUCUUGAGUGUACUUGACUUUCAAUAAAUCAGACGGUGAAGACCACAUUAAAGUCACAAA